CUCUUUCUCAGAGGUCACCUCCACCAGAUGGAACCAAGCAAUGAAACACAAUUUUCAAAGUUUCUUCUUCUGGGAUUUUCAGAGGAACCAGGACUGCAGCCCCUCAUAUUUGGGCUUUUCCUCUCCAUGUACCUGAUCACUGUAUUUGGGAACCUGCUCAUCAUCUUGGCCAUCAGCACAGACCCCAACCUCCACACGCCCAUGUACUUCUUCCUGGCCAACCUGUCCUUUGUAGACAUCUGCUUCACCUCCACCACCGUCCCGAAGAUGCUGGUGAACAUCCGGACUCAGAGCAAAGUCAUAACCUAUGAGGAUUGCAUCACACAGAUUUAUUUUCUCAUACUCUUUGGUGUGUUGGACAUCUUUCUGCUGAGUGUGAUGGCCUAUGACCGGUUUGUGGCCAUCUGUCACCCCCUGCACUACACGAUCAUCAUGAACCCCCGGCUCUGUGGGCUGCUGGUUCUGGUGUCCUGGAUCAUGUGUGUCCUGAAUUCCCUGUUACAAAGUUUAAUGAUGUUGCGGCUGUCCUUCUGUACACUCUUGCAUAUCCCCCACUUUUUUUGUGAACUUAAUCAGAUGCUCCAACUGGCCUGUUCUGAUACCUUUCUUAAUAACGUGGUGAUGUAUCUUGCAGCUGUCUUGUUGGCUGGUGGUCCCUUCAUUGGGAUCCUUUACUCUUACUCUAAGAUAGUUUCCUCCAUACGUGGGAUCUCAUCAGCUCAGGGAAAGUGUAAAGCAUUUUCCAACUGUGCAUCUCAUCUAUCGGUUGUCUCCUUAUUUUACUGUACGACGCUAGGCGUGUACCUUAGCUCUGCUGCUACCCAGAGCUCACAGUCAAGUGCCACAGCCUCGGUGAUGUACACGGUAGUCACGCCCAUGCUGAAUCCCUUCAUCUACAGCUUGAGGAACAAAGACAUGAAAAGGGCUCUGAAAGCAUUCUUUGGGAAGGAGACCCUUACAUGGCCAAUCGUCAUGAGAUUGAAGAAAUGCCUCUGA